UUUUUUUGUUACUGUCAUUGUCAACUGUUGUCAAAAGAAGAGUUGAAAAAUAAAUCGAAAAUAAACAUUUCCAUUCAAUUGAAGUACAUACUGUACCUUAAUAUUUAUAAUGCUUAAACCUAAAGCUUUGACUCAAGUGCUUAGUCAAGCAAACACUGGAGGAGUAGAAAAUACACUGUUGCUAAAUCAUCAAGGAGCUCUACUGGCUUAUUCAGGUUACAAUGAUAAAGAUGCCAGAGUUACAGCUGCUAUUGCUAGCAAUGUUUGGUCAGCAUACGAGAAGCAAGGCAGGAACGUUUUUAAAGAAGAUAAAUUGCAUCUCAUUUUAGUCGACUGCCAAAAUGGUAAAAUUGCAAUAACACAAGUAGCAAAUUUAUUGUUAUGUUUAUAUGCAAAAGAGACUGUUGGAUUUGGUAUAUUAAAAGAAAAAAUAAAUGCCAUUGCACAAUAUUUGGAAGGACCUCUUAAGCAGGUAGCUAGUUCUUAACUUAUAAAACAUAUGUAAAUUAAAAUGUUAUUAAUGUAAGGAAAUUUUGUAAAUGAUUAUUUGAUUUUAUUCCUUGUAUUGCCAUAAGUUUUAUAUAUUCAAUUAAACAAAACAUGUUAUCCAUUAAGUUUA